AACCUUUAUAAAUUAAUUAUUACAAUAAGAAAGCAUAUUAAUGCAUUUACAUAUAUAGAGAUUGUAAUUCCAAUUUUCCUGACAAUUUAAAAUCGAAUGCCGUGACAUUUCACAUUCUCGGACAUCUGUGUGGAACAUUUAUUUUAUUUUAUUCUUGGAAAAACCGCUUCUGUCUCUCUCACUGGUGGUCCUGGUAACGGACACAGCGUCGGGCCGCGGACCAGAGCAGCUGUCUCCCAGCAACGGUCGCUAGGGCGCCGCACGCUGACAUGCGCGCGUGGCGGUGCCCCGGGCGGCUGCGCCGUUGCUGUCAAUUUGAAAUUUUUUGACUUUUUGUGUUGUUUGUUUUUGUAUAUUUUGUAAAAUAUUUAUUUUAAUUAAUAUUAAGUGUAAUGCCUAGUUUAAGCAGUGGUGUGGGAAAUAGUGCCAGUCAACCUUCUUCGAAUGACCUGGAGAGGUGUCCUCUGUGCUCUCAGGCACGGUUUUUUAAAGGUCGAGAGGUUAUCACAGCCCUUAGUUCCUUCAGGAGUGGCUCUGCUGGCGGUCUCGACGGCCUGAGCCCCCAACACUUGAAAGAUCUUACAAGUUCGGGGGCUGGAGAGUCUGGCGAGAUGCUUUUGAGGGAGCUUACGGCUCUGAUCAACCUAAUGCUCUCCGGCAUGGUUAAUGAGUCCGUCAUCGACGUCUUGUACGGGGCCAACCUUUGUGCCCUGCGCAAGAGGGAUGGCGGUAUUCGUCCCAUUGCUGUAGGCACAACAUACCGUCGUAUGGCAGCCAAGAUUUGCUGUAAAUUUUAUGGUGAGAUUAUUUCGAAAAAAUUUCAGCCCCUGCAACUUGGUUACGGUUCCAAAGGGGGCUGCGAGGCUGCCGUACAUGCGUUGCCGACCUUCCUAAAUUCUGGUAAAGGAGAGGUCGUCUUAAAGGUUGACAUCAAAAAUGCAUUUAAUUCUGUAAACAGGGAUACCUUGCUGGCAGAAGCUAAAAAUGAAUUACCCCAAAUUUAUAGUUUCCUUUGGCAAUGCUAUAGACAUCCUUCAAAAUUAUUAUAUCGGGACAACCUAUUAGAACCCGCUGUUGGGUGUCAGCAAGGUGAUCCUCUUGGGCCGGUGAUAUUUAGUUUAGCUAUUCACCCAAUAAUUCGGCAGCUAAAUUCCAAAUUAAAUUUUUGGUAUCUGGAUGAUGGGACCCUAGGAGGUGAUGUAGAUACAGUUCUAAAUGACUACCUUUUUUUUUUAAAUAAAUUUAAUUCCAUUGGCCUUGACCUCAAUAUAUCCAAAUGCGAAAUUUUCUUAUGUGAUGGUACAGACAGACAACAGACACUUUCAAAAUUUAAUGCCAUAGCUCCCUCUAUUAAAAUCGUCGAUGAAAUUUCUCUCCGUCUCCUUGGGUCUCCAAUCUAUGAGGAUUCAUUCCAAAAUUUUGUUAACGAAAAAAUCCAAAAUUUCAAAAAUAUUUCAAAUAGACUACUCCAAAUUAAUAUGCAUUCGGCCAUUACACUGAUUCGUUUUUGCUGUUUCGGUCCUAAAUUGACUUAAUACCUCCGUGCGUCUCCCCUAUGGAAGUACCCUAAUCUGUUAGACCAAAUGGACGAAAUUAUUAAACACACUCUUUGUAUGAUUUUAAAUGGAUGAUGAUAUGGAUGACCGGGCUUGGUCCCAAGCCACGCUCCCCAUUCGGAUGGGAGGGCUCGGUAUCCGCAAAAUUUCAAGUACUAGUUUACCAGCGUACCUAUCCUCGGUCCACGGCACUGAUAAAUUAACCAGGAAAAUUCUAGCUCCAAUACUGGUUGAUUUUGAAGUGCCGUGCUUCUCCGAGGCUGUGGAUGCCUGGAGACUCGCCUGCCCAUGUGCAAAUUUACCUGGUUGCCCAUCAUCUCAAAAGCUGUGGGACGAGCCGCUUUGCAGAGUAGUUCAGGACCAUCUGAUUUCUACUUCUGCCACUCCUGCGGAGCGGGCGCGCCUCCUGGCUGUGAGUGAGUGGGAGUCAGGUCUUUGGCUUUACGCACUACCGUCGUCGAAUAUAGGCACCUUGUUCGACGACACAACUUUUCCGUCUCGCUGCUGCCUUAAGACUAGGUGCUUCAUCUUGUUCUCCGCAUCGCUGCCACUGUGGUGAAGUACUCAACAGCCUCGGACACCACGGUCUAUCAUGCAGCCGUAGUGCAGGUCGCAUGGCUCGUCACGCGAAUAUUAAUGACAUUAUCCGUCGAGCUCUUGUUGCCGUCGGCGUACCUGCUGUAUUAGAACCUAAUGGUUUG